CAGGUUUAGCACCAUGAAUCCCUCACUCUUGCUGGCUGCCUUUGGCUUGGCAGUUGCCGCCGCCGUCCCCGUGCUUGAUCGAAGUUUAGACGCGCGAUGGUCCCAGUGGAAGGCACAGCACAGGAGGGCGUACAGCCCGCAUGAAGAAUGGCGGAGGAGAGCCGUGUGGGAGAAGAACAUGAGAAUGAUUGAGCUGCACAACGGGGAGUACAGCCAAGGGAAACGUGGCUUCUCCAUGGCGAUGAACGCCUACGGCGACAUGACCAGUGAAGAAUUCAGGCAGGUGAUGAAUGGCUUUCACCAUCAGCCAGACAAGAAGGAGAAGGUAUUUGGGAAAGCUGUGUUUCAGGAGGUCCCCUCCUCUGUGGACUGGAGAGACAAGGGCUACGUGACACCUGUGAAGAAGCAGGGUCGGUGUGGCUCGUGCUGGGCUUUCAGUGCCACUGGGGCCCUGGAAGGGCAGAUGUUCCGCAAGACUGGCCGGCUCGUGUCCCUGAGUGAGCAGAACCUUAUAGAUUGCUCUUGGCCUGCAGGCAACCACGGCUGCCGUGGGGGCCUCACAGAUCAUGCCUUCCAGUAUGUGAAGGACAAUGGGGGCCUGGACUCGGAGGACUCCUAUCCGUAUGAAGCAAGGAAUCUCCCCUGUCGGUACGAUCCCCAGAAGUCUGUGGCUAACGGCACAGGCUUCGUGCGGAUCCCUCGGCAGGAAAAUGCCCUGAUGGAGGCCGUGGCCACAGUGGGCCCCAUCGCCGUUGCCAUUGAUGCAGGCCACCCUUCCUUCCAGUUCUACAAAGAAGGCAUUUACUACGAACCCAACUGCAGCAGCAAACACCAUAACCACGCUGUGCUGGUGGUCGGCUAUGGCUAUGAAGGGGCGGAAAGCGACAGCAAUAAGUACUGGCUGGUCAAGAACAGCUGGGGUAAGCGAUGGGGCGAGGCUGGCUACAUAAGGAUAGCUAAAGACCGAAACAACCACUGUGGAAUCGCCUCCCAUGCCAGCUACCCCACUGUGUGAGCUGAUGCCCCCUGAUAAGGAAGCCUUUGAUUGGGACUGUGUAUCUGGAGGAGGAAAUUCUGUCUUCAACCGGACCAGGCCCUCCUGGGUAGGAUACAACUCUUAAAUUCCUGCAGAUCCCCAAGAUGGGGCUCGAACUCUGUGAUACUUUACACUUGUUAAAAUGCAACUACCAUUAUAAUUAUUGCUAUAGCGAGUUUUGUAUUGUUGGCUUACUUGGUGACUUUGGAUUUUCAUAUUUUAAAGGAUGUAUCUUUUUUAUUUUUAAAAAUAAAACUUGAUUUCC